CUUAUACCUUAGGUGACAGCUCACUCUGACACACCGGAAGCAAUCGUCCGUUUUGGUGACGCUGCAUUAGACUGCAAGACAUGGACCGGUCUAGGCUGCUCGGGUUGUUCCUCCUCAGCCUGGCUCUUGCUGGAGCUCAGGCGCUCACACCGGCGCACUACCUCUCCCUGUCUGAUGUGGGCCGACUGCAGAACCUCUUGAGCCAACAGUUCACCGACCUGGACUCCGCUUACUACUCAGUUGUGGGUCUGACCAAGCUUGGAGCAACUGUUCCUGAUCACGAGGAAGUAUGCCAGUUUCUCAAAUCCCAGCUGGAUCCCACAAGUGUUGACUCUCUCUUCUUUGCUGCUGAGACCAGUCAAGCCAUUUCAGGAUGUGAGAUCCCUGUGUCCAAUGAAACUCGUGACAUCCUUCUGGCAGCAGUCAGCGAAGAUUCAACCAUGACUCAGAUCCACAGAGCCGUGAGUGCACUCAGCUCCCUGGGGCUUCCUCUGGCUUCCCAGGAAGUUGUAGGUGCCUUGACAGGUCGCAUCAACAAGGAGGACAAUGUUAUGGCUAUCACCUCAGCUCUGCUAACAGCAGCCCGCCUGUCCCAGCAAGCAGAACUUGGAGGAAUACUGGAAGAAAUUGAGGACCUGACAGCUCGUUUGGAUGAUCUUGGUGGCAUCUACCUCCAGUUUGAGGAGGGACUUGAGGCGACUGCCAUGUUUGUGACAGCCGCUUAUUCCCUGUCAGAUCAUGUGGACAUGGAGCCCCCUCUGAAGGAGGACCAGGUCAUCCAGCUGGUGAACUCUAUCUUCAGUAAGAAAUCCUGGGACUCUUUGUCUGAGGCCUUCAGUGUGGCAAGUGCCGCUGCCGCUCUCUCCAACAACCGCUUCCAUGUGCCAGUUAUUGUUACUCCUCAGGGCCCAGCCACAGUGUCCCACAGCCAGCCAACCCUGCAGCUCCUUGUUACUGAUGUCAUGUCUCAACCACUGGCCUCUGCCAACGUGCUGGUGGAAUCUGCGUACGCUGUGGCCUCCAAGAGUGUCAUUCUGAACCAAGCACCUUUCACACUUAACGAUGGCGUCUUUGAACUGAACUUCAUGUCCAACCAGCCAGCCAGUGGAUAUUACCAAUUUACUGUUGCGGUAACCGGUGACAGCCGUCUUGUUGCUAAUCAUGUUGAGCUUAAAGUGAAGGUGUCCACUGAGGUGGCUGUCACUAAUAUGGACCUCUCUGUGGUGGAUAAGGACCAGAGCAUCGGCACAAAAACCACCAGGGUGGACUAUCCGUCCAAAGCCAAGGCCUCCUUCACAGCAGACAGCCACCAGAACUUUGCUAUGGCCUUCCAGCUGGUCGAUGUCAACACUGGAGUGGAGCUUACCCCUCACCAGACCUUUGUCCGGCUGCACAAUCAGAAAACUGGCCAAGAGGUUGUGUUUGUGGCUGAACCCGACAGCAAGAAUCUGUACAAGUUUGAGUUGGACACAGCAGAGCGCAAAUCAGAGUUUGACUCCAUGUCUGGUACCUACUCCCUCCACCUCAUCGUUGGGGAUGCCACCCUGGAGAAUCCCAUCUUGUGGAAUGUGGCUGAUGUCGUACUGAAGUUUGUGGAUGAGGAGGCCCCAGCAGCCGUUCAGCCCAAGACUCUUUAUGUACCCAAACCAGAGAUCCAGCACUCUUUCAGGGAACCAGAGAAGAAGCCUCCAACAGUGGUUUCCAAUACAUUCACUGCACUCAUCCUGUCUCCCUUCCUGCUUCUGCUCAUCCUGUGGUUUAAGCUCGGAGCCAACAUCUCCAACUUCAGCUUCUCUCCCAGCACCAUUCUGUUCCAUGUCGGCCACGCAGCCAUGCUCGGCCUGAUGUACGUCUACUGGACUCACCUGAACAUGUUCCAGACUCUGAAGUACCUGGCGAUUAUCGGCGGUGUAACUUUCCUCGCCGGGAACCGCAUGCUGGCCCAGAAAGCAGUGAAGAGACUUGAGAAAAAAUAAGAGCAAGAAAAUUAAAAGAAGACACUGACGAAGCUCAUUUUUUGUUUCCAAGGAGUCAUUCAACGAUGCAUCAAAUCAGACUUUAAACAUGGCGUGGCAGUUCAAGAAACCAAUCGACAGUUAAACAUGCGGUUUGUCUGUGUUGCCAAAUGGAAUAAAUCGAGAUAUCACAGCGUCUCCGAGGACAAACGUUCGCUCACUGACCGAUACUCUUACUGAGGGCUGUAAAGCUACUGAUCAUUGCACUUCAUCUUCCUGUGAGAUUUGUUUUCUUGUUGUCCAACAUGCCAGUGUUUUCUAAGAGAGCUGGGAUUUUUAUUUGUGGUUUCUUGAUGGAUUUUGGGUUGUUCUGUGUUUUUUUUUUUUUUUUUGUACAUUUCUCUAUUUUCGCUCAGUGCCCAUUUCACCUCGUAACAGAAGCUGUUAGUCAACUUGUGUCAGCUGAUAAAAACCAUUGGCAGCAGUACUGAUACUUUGAACAUUACUAACUAUGCCAGUGUGUUUGCCCGUUUGGUGCAUCAGAUGUGUAGGAGAAACGGUUGUCCCCUAUUUGAUACAGAGUUGGCAUCCCCCAGAAAAAAUUGUUGAUAAUGAAAUAUGGGCAAUUUGAGGAAAUGAUUUUUUUUCUAAUGAAGAAGAGGAAAUAAAGAAUUUGAGGUGAA